UAAUAGAGGGUGUUGUUUUGGUUGGUUCAGGGGAAAUAUUGAAAUUUUAUUUUAUUUUUUGAAGAAAUAUUAUAAAAAUGGCUCCGCAACCUGUGGUAACGGGCUUAUCCCCAAAGGAGGGUCCUCCCGGGACCCGUGUAAUAAUACGGGGAGAAUUUUUGGGAACGAAACCAACCGACCUUAUUGGUUUGAAAAUAUGUGGCUCCGAUUGUCUCCUCUCCGCGGAAUGGGUAAGUCCGAAUAAAAUAAUUGCACGUUCAGGUCCUGCGAAAGGAGUUGGUGAUAUAAUCGUUACAACUAGAAGCGGAGGAGAAGGAUCAUCGUCCGUCAAAUUUCGAGCUAUUGGUAAUCAUGAAAUAAUUGGACCUUUGAAAGAAUCAGCGGUUUGGAUUGAUGAGGCACCCUCGCAAAAUUUUGCCUGGGGACGCAGAACCUUAGUGCAAUCCGUAUUGACCCAAGAAGACCCUCUGGGACUUUCAACUGAGGGUAACGAGCAGAAAAAUGUGGAAAACUUAAGAGAGCUUUUCCCAAAUGCCAGUGGAGAUCUUUUACAGGAAAACUUUUCUCCGGCUCUGUUCCUACUUGAAAAGCAUUCGGCAACAACAUUUGCUGAUCUAAAGGCAGGCCUUAAUUAUCUAAACCGUAAAGUGGAGAGUCAGAAGGAGGGACAACUUUCAUUUCUCAAAUCGAAUGCUGGUUCAGUAAUCGAUCAACUCGAUACAUUAAUGAAUAUAAGGGAUAAAUUGCAAGAGGAUAACAAACUAUAUGGCUCGGAGCCACUUAACGUUUUGGAGCAGGAGAUUGAGAAUUCCAUUUCGAAAUCGGAAAAUAUUUUCACGGAUGUUUUGGUACGCAAGGAGAAGGCUGAUUCCACAAGAGCUGUCUUGUUGGCAUUAUCGCGUCACAAAUUCUUGUUUUGCUUACCAAAUUCUGUGGAAAAGAAAGCGGCAGCUGGUGAAUAUGAUAUUGUGGUAAACGAUUAUGCAAGAGCCAAAAGUCGAUUUGGAAAGACCGAGAUACCGAUUUUCCGAACAGUCAUGGAAGAAGUUGAUCAACGUAUUUUACAAAUACGAAAACAAUUGCAUGAGAAGGUUAUUAAAAUGCCUCAAAGUGUGGAGCAACAACGCAAGCUCAUUAAAGCUCUCAUCAGUCUGGAGGUGCAACAAUCUGGCUCUUCUCUCAAUGAAAAGUCACGAAAUGUGGAUCCAGCCUGGGAUGCCAUAGAUGCCAGAGCCAAAUACUUGGAACAAACAUUCAAACAGACAUUUGAACUGUAUGCCAGUAAAGACGCACCAGGAGCGGAAAAGACUAAAAAUCGUGAUAUAAAUCAACCACCCAAUAGGGUAACGUUCUGUGAAGAAAUAUGUGAAAUAGCUGCGUCACAACUUCCAGACUUGUGGCGGCUGGGCCAAAUGUAUUUCACAGGGGAACUUAGGGGCCCAAAUGAUCCUCGUCCUGGCGAUUUUAAGCGAAUGAUUUUGAAUGCUGUGGAAAAAUUUUGUAUUUAUCUUAAAGUGGCCAUGUGUACAACAGAUUCCGAAGCUCGAGCAUUGCGACAGUCUGUCGGUUUAAUAUGGCCCAUAGCACACGGGUCCCAUGACGUAUUUAAAUCAUGGCUUCCUCAGUGCUUACGUUACACCCGCAUAACAUAUGCCACGCUAAUAAGCCUGGAUUUACCUUCAGCCGUUUUGGACAUUGUGCAAAAGUUCAUUGAUGAGACGCGUAUGCACUGCUUUUCUAAUAUAUUUGAGAGGGCUACACAAAAAUGUUCAAAACUAACCGAUUUGGAGACUUGGGAAAUGGGAGUGGAAGAUUUUCCCGGAGCCACUCUGUUGCCACAACGUCUGGAGGAAUUGUUAAUCGAAACAUUGGACGAGGCAAAACAAGCCUGUAUUAAUCCGGAAAUAAGAGAAGGCAAUCUUUUGGAAUCAGAAUCCGAUGGGCAAAGAGAAGUGUCGCUUCGCCUGCAGAAGUUAUUGCUGUGUUUCUGUGACGUCAUACAGGAUCUGGCCUUCAACUCACAUAAGGAAGAAACACCGACCCACAAUGUCUCGCAGUUGCUGGGAUAUCCCAACAACCAGAGCAGUGGUCCGGCUUCGGGUAGAUUCGCUAGCUUGUCUUCUACUACAGCAAUAACUUGGGAACAGCGCAUGUUAUGUUGCCUGGCUAAUUGUGCCUAUUGUAAUAGAAGUUUCUUCCAUAGAGUAGGAAAACUUUUUGAGCGAUAUGGUUAUCCUUUGCCGUCUUUGGCCAUAGAAACUGCACGGUAUUCGGUAAAUAAGCUUUUCUCCAACAUUUUAGAUGCAUACGUAGAGCACAAAGGUGAUCCUUUGGUCGGUACUAUUGAACCAUCCAUGUAUUUAGGCGGAUUUCAAUGGGAUGUAGAAAUGCCUAUUGGAAAUUUGCGUCCUUAUGCCCAUGAAUGUUGUGACAAUUUAGUUGGAGUGUAUUCCGAAAUUUUUACCAUAUCACCUGCCCUACUAAGGUCUAUUUUGGAACCAAUUGUUCUUACAAUCAGCGAAGAACUUGCACGUCUUAUGAGCUGUGUUCCGCAGUUUAGUUAUUCAGGAGCCAUUCAAGCGAAUGUUGACAUACGUUUGCUGAGAGACACACUUCGAGUGUAUACCAAUGAAACAGGAAGAAACUAUUUCCUAGAAGCUUUGGAAGCUAUAAAUCCACCCUUAAAUGCUGAACAGCUUAAACAAGCCGAUGAGAUAUUGGAACGUGUAAAGAGUCGAAUGAAAUUGCAGCUAAUGUGCUUUUUUGUUAAGGAUCCAUAGACACAGACUCCUUUCUCGCAUUAAUGUGCAAUUUAAGAAUUUAUAUUCCAAUAAAAUUAAAUGUGUUUUCCUUUAGUGUGUUUUUUCCAAGAUAUAUCGCAAAUAAAUUAAGAUUAUCGCUUUUUAUUUAA